GGCGCGGUGGGGCGGGCUAGAGUGGCGCGGCGCGGCCAGGCUGGGUCGGUGCGAGCCGGCCAUGGAGGAAGAGCAGAGUUUCUUGGAUAUCUGCGGCGGCAGCCUGACGCUGCAGCGCCGCUACUACUCUCCGUCUUGCCGGGAGUUCUGCCUCAGCUCCCCUCCGCUCUCGCUGCGCUCGCUCACCGCUGUCACCUGCACCGUGUGGCUGGCGGCCUACGGAUUCUUCACCCUCUGUGAGAACAGCAUGAUCCUCUCUGCUGCCAUCUUCAUCACCCUCUUAGGCCUGCUUGGUUACCUCCAUUUUGUGAAGAUUGAUCAGGAGGCUCUGUUAAUCAUUGAUUCCCUGGGCAUCCAGAUGACCUCAUCCUACGCCUCAGGCAAAGAAAGCACCACCUUCAUUGAGAUGGACAAAGUGAAGGAUAUUGUCAUUAAUGAGGCUAUUUACAUGCAGAAGGUGAUUUACUACCUCUGCAUUUUAUUGAAGGAUCCAGUGGAACCACAUGGGAUAUCCCAAGUAGUACCUGUCUUCCAGAGUGCCAAGCCCCGGCUGGACUGCUUGAUUGAAGUGUACAGGAGCUGCCAGGAGAUCCUGGCACACCAGAAAGCCACAUCAACAAGCCCAUGAGUCCCACCACUCAAAAGGCCAGUAUUGUCUUCCAUGGGAGGUGACUCUUAAGCCAUAGUGGCUGGUUUACUUUCUGUAUUCUAAACCAUCACGUGGACACAGUUCUAGGAACCAGUGUGGAUGGAUGCUGUGGAUCUCAGAGCCAUAGAGGAGGUGACUGGAAACCUAACUCGUGUGAUGCUGAGCAACAUAUUUCUGUGUAGCUUAGUGUUCCCCUUGUAAGGUUUUGCCUUCUUUACCAACUGAGGGGAGACUUUAAGAAACGAUAUUGCAAAAAUAAUAUCAGCAAAGAGCACUUUUGUGAAAUUCCUAAGCACAUUUAGUUUACUUUGUGUUGAAAUUUGUGGAGCAAGACAGUGGGAAACUGACAUCAGAUCUCUUGAGAAAGGUAUCAUUUCCAGCUGCAUAGCACCACUGUAUAACAGUUAAUAAUAAAAAGGCCAGCCCUUCAGGUACUAGUUAGAAGGAAGAAAUGUCCCACAAAAGACCAUUCUGUGUCCACCUAGCUCCUGUGUUCUGUACAGGGUUAAUUUAUAACUCUCUUAAUAAACAAAUCUCCUUCCAAAACAUACACAAUAAUUGCCUGGUUCACAGACAGCUGCUUUUUAUUGACAAACACAAUCAUGGCAUUUCAGUCAUGGGUGUCAAGCACAUGAAUACUUUUCUGUUACUCAGCAUUAGCUACAGUUUCAAAAGCUUUUUCCAAGAGGGAUGAGACAAAAGGUCAGACAGACAUUUGACUUUGGUUUCCAGAUGUGGGACUUGCGUGUUAAAGAAGGAUAAACAAGAGAACUGUAGAAACGUUUGUUUACAAGGAAGUUUCUUUUGUAUAAAAUUAAUAAAGUAAGAGAGGAUUCCUGAAGGAUUGGGAAGGAGAGAGGGUGGGGGAAAUAGCAUGGCCUCAAGUUCAGUAUGAAAACAACUCCAUUCUUGCUUACUCUUUCUUUGGAAUCCUAAUUUUUUUUUUUUUAAACUUCCCUCCCUGGCAGAUAAUGUUAUCCUCAAUGGUCCUAGAGACACUCAAGAUAUUAAAAACCAAAGCUGUAAUCUCUGCCUUUUACACCAGCCCUGGAGAGGUUAUCUAGGAACCUGUGGUAUAUGUGAGAUGUGACUUGUCUGAGGUAGAAACGUCUCAGCUAGAUCCCCAAAUCCUGGUGGAAAAGGCAGAACAGAAGUGGGAGAUGGCUGUAUAACUGCCUGUCUUAUAAAGUCAAGUUCAUUUAUAAGAGGCAGACUGAUGUGCUUUUUUUCAUCAUGCUUGUCAGUUUAAAGGGUGAAGAAGGGGAAGCUUACAGCAGCUGAGGUGUUUAUAUAUAAACUACUUCCAGCAUAUUGUUUUUGCAGUGUGCAAGCAGCACACAUUGUUAAAGGCUUGGUUCUUGGAUGUUACUGCUAAACCCAUCCAGUUUUUAGCACUUUACUGACAAAUGGCAAAAUUGCCUUAGAACUAUGAAAUAAAAUUCAUUUUCUCAGGUGUUGGAA